UCCCUCUCUCCCUCUCCCUCUCAUUCCCUCUAGACCCCCACCCCUCCCUCCCUCCCUCACCCACUCUUUCUUGCCCCUUUGCUGGGAAGCUGCCUAAACACAGCCACCCUCCCUGUGCCUCCCCCCCAUUCAUUCGGCCUCCCCAGGCCCCGUCGGGGAAGUUUGCACCACUGGAUUUCAUUGCCUUGGUCAUUUUCACAAAGCCAGGCCGGCGGGGCAGGUCCAGCCGGCCGCGGGGGACACGGAUGCUCAGGAUCUCGGGCUAAUCGGCUGUGCCUUUCUCACCUACUGUGCCAGGGACUCCGCCAUCAAAGCUCAGACUGCCCUGCACGAACAGAAGACCUUGCCCGGGAUGGCGCGGCCAAUCCAGGUGAAGCCUGCGGACAGCGAAAGCCGUGGAGGUAGGGACCGGAAGCUGUUUGUGGGGAUGCUGAACAAGCAGCAGUCAGAGGAGGACGUGCUGCGGCUGUUCCAGCCCUUCGGGGUCAUCGACGAGUGCACCGUGCUGCGGGGACCCGACGGCAGCAGCAAAGGCUGUGCCUUCGUGAAGUUCUCCUCCCACACCGAGGCUCAGGCGGCCAUCCAUGCCCUGCACGGCAGCCAGACCAUGCCGGGUGCCUCCUCCAGCCUGGUGGUCAAGUUUGCUGACACGGACAAGGAGCGGACGCUGAGGCGCAUGCAGCAGAUGGUGGGCCAGCUGGGCAUCCUGACUCCAUCCCUCACCCUGCCCUUCAGCCCCUACAGUGCCUACGCCCAGGCUCUCAUGCAGCAGCAGACAACGGUCCUGUCCACAUCAGGCAGCUACCUGAGCCCCGGCGUGGCCUUCUCACCCUGCCACAUCCAGCAGAUUGGCGCUGUCAGCCUUAACGGGCUGCCUGCCACGCCCAUCGCCCCUGCCUCUGGACUGCAUUCGCCCCCGCUGCUCGGCACUGCCACCGUGCCCGGCCUCGUGGCCCCCAUCACCAAUGGCUUCGCAGGUGUCGUGCCCUUCCCUGGUGGGCACCCUGCCCUAGAAACCGUAUAUGCCAAUGGCCUUGUGCCCUACCCAGCUCAGAGUCCGACGGUAGCCGAGACCCUCCAUCCUGCCUUCUCUGGAGUCCAGCAGUACACAGCCAUGUACCCCACCGCGGCCAUCACGCCCAUCGCGCACAGCGUCCCCCAGCCGCCGCCCCUCCUGCAGCAGCAGCAGCGAGAAGGUCCCGAAGGCUGUAACCUGUUUAUCUACCACCUCCCCCAGGAGUUUGGAGACACGGAGCUGACGCAGAUGUUCCUGCCUUUCGGCAAUAUCAUCUCCUCCAAGGUGUUUAUGGAUCGGGCCACCAACCAGAGCAAAUGUUUUGGCUUCGUGAGCUUUGACAACCCAGCCAGCGCGCAGACUGCCAUCCAGGCCAUGAAUGGCUUUCAGAUCGGCAUGAAGAGGCUCAAAGUGCAGCUGAAGCGGCCCAAAGACCCGGGACACCCCUACUGACCGGGCCCACAGCCACUCAGAGGCUGCGGGCUUGGCCCAGGUGAGGGGCCUUCCCACCCCAGGAGGGUUUCCCGCUUCCAACUGAUCCAGGACUUUUCCGUAAAUUACAACAGAGUUUGGACACCAGCCCCCUCCCCUCCUCUCCCUUCUCCCCUGCUCCCCUCCCCAAAAUGUGAAACGCUGCCCAAGGCCCCAUGGAGUGGGGAAGGGGCUUCAUGGUCUUCGGGGGACUCCUGAGGUGGGGGCCAAGGAUUCAUUCCCCCCUCCACGGAGAUUUCCUCGCUUCCACCCCUCUUCCCACACACACAACCUUCAUGGUUUCCCCAAACGAAAUCGCAACUUUUCCUAUAUAUAUAUAUGCAUAUAUAUAUAGAGCUAUAGACAGUAUAUAUAUUUUUUGAGUAUAGAUCAUGGGACCAAACUUUUCCGACUUCUUUCCAUCCAAGAGAAGGUGACCCUGGGCCAGUCACCCAGCAGGGAUGCUCAGAAGGGCUGAGGCUGGUGGGGCAACCCAGUGUCCCCCCACCUCCCGCUGUCAUGUCAGACCAGGGGGCCGGUCAAGCACUGGGAAUCAGCCAACGAACGCUAUAUACCUCCAGGACUUUUGACCCCCCCGCCACCGAUAAUUCUUGUGGGCUUGAGGGCUCAGCCGGCUUCAGUGUCCCUGGUCCUAGCUGCAGCUUCCUGAGCCCCCUCCCCCGUGUCCCAGGGCCCUGCCUUCUCCGGAUGUAGGCACAAAAGAGACCCCUUGGCCUCCCCCUCCUCCUCCCCCCACCCCCAGUCAUAGCCUUACUCAUGUGGCCAAUAGCCCUUAGCUUUCCGUCGGGGGCAGACAGGGCCGGGGGAAGCCCCCCCAGCCCUUGAGCCCCCUCCCAAGGGCAGGCAGCCACCCUCCCUGCCUUUGGAUCACCAGCCUGGAAUUCACAAUGUCAUGACCAAGAUCGCCACGUGCACCGGAGGAGCCCAGUGUGCGCUGGCCCAGCACCCCUUCACCGGAGAUACCUCUACAAAGAUUUUUUUUUUUUUUUUUGGUCUUUCUGAGCAGGUACAAAGAAGAAAAGAAAUGGGGGGAAAAGCAAAUGACAAUGGAUUUAUUUUGUUUCCUAGUUGGGGCGGGGAGGGAUAUCCCGUGGGGCGCCUCUGUAUAGCUACUCAAACCGUGAAAACCCCCCUUGAAGCACAGAGUCAAGUUCUUUUUUUUUUUUUUUAUUGGACAUCCGGUGGGGCCUCACGCCAGAGGAGGCACCAGAGAACUUCAUAAGCUCAAGAGAAAAAAAAAUUUUUGAAAAGGAAAAAAAAAAAGCAUUCCCUUUUGUUUCUACCAAAAUGUGUUGACGGACCCAGAAAAAAACAAAAAAGCAAAAAAAAAAAAAAAAAAAAAAAAAAAAAAAAAAAAUAGCAAAAAAAAAAAAAAAGAAGAAAAAAAAAAACCUCUUCUGACAAACCUGUUUCGAUAUUCCAGAGUUUGAUAAUUGUUCCGAGACCCUCUCUAGUGCGCCUGUGUUCUGUGAGUCUGCGUGUGUGUGCUCAGGGGUCACGGGGCCCCCGCCAGGCCUGCUUGGGACUGCGUGCCGGCUGCGGUGGUGUGUGUCCUUUGGUCCAUGUUUACUGGCUGUAAAUACCAUUUUUAUACUCCACAUCAAAGACCGACGUGAUUUGUACGAUGUACUUUAUUUCUGCUACGAGUAAUUUCAUGAAGUUUCAACUUGCAAAACUGACUUUUGGAGACAAACCGCCACACACACACACACACACACACACACACACACACACACACAAAGAGGAGAAAAAGACUUGGAGGGAACUUUGAGUUGACUUGCUUUGAAUCUCGAGGUCCUUGUCACUGUGGCGUGUUUCAGGUGAGAAGCUGCAGUCAUCACCUUCAUGUCCAAAACGCCUCUCUUUGGUCUGGAGAAACUGAAAGUUUAUUUAAUAAAAGUUUUACUUGCUAAA